UUGUGUGUUCCCUUUAAAUCUGCCAACUCUGAUCUCACUCUCUCUCUUCUUUCACCCUCUCCACGAUGAAGCACAAAGUCUCCAAGAGAGCAAUUUCCCUCAAAUGGGUUCCUUUCCUCUGCAUCUCUUUCUUCGCCCUGGGAGCAAUUUUCACCUCAAGGUCAUGGGAACCGUCGUCGGAUUCCGGAAGUCAGCUAAUUUCUCAGCGCCGUCGUGACCAUGAACUUCAGAUUGUGUCAGACGAUUGUGCUCAUAAGAAAAAAGCUACGCAAGAAAAAGAUGUGAUUGACGAAGUUUUGAGAACUCAUGAAGCAAUACAGUCGCUGGAUAAGUCAGUUUCUACGCUUCAAAUGCAGUUGUCUUCUACAAGGACUUCUCAAGAGACGGUUGAAACAACGGGAGCAAACGCGAGGAAGAAAGUGUUCAUGGUAAUGGGAAUCAAUACCGCAUUUAGCAGUAGAAAACGGCGUGAUUCAGUCAGAGAAACGUGGAUGCCUCAAGGGGAGAAGCUUGAAAAACUGGAAAAGGAGAAAGGGAUUGUCAUCAAGUUCAUGAUUGGACACAGUGCGACGUCAAAUAGUAUAUUGGAUAGAGCUAUUGAUUCAGAAUAUGCUCAACACAAAGACUUCCUUAGGCUGGAGCAUGUUGAAGGGUAUCACGAACUCUCAGCAAAAACCAAAAUAUUCUUUUCCACUGCAGUAGCGAAAUGGGAUGCAGAGUUCUAUAUCAAGGUUGAUGAUGAUGUUCACGUGAAUCUCGGCAUGCUUGCAUCCACACUUGCUCGUCACCGCUCAAAGCCGAGGGUCUAUAUUGGGUGUAUGAAAUCAGGACCUGUUCUUGCUCAAAAGACAGUGAAGUAUCAUGAACCUGAGUAUUGGAAAUUUGGAGAGGAAGGUAAUAAAUACUUUCGACAUGCUACGGGACAGAUUUAUGCCAUCUCCAAGGAUCUUGCCAAAUACAUAUCCAUCAACCAGCAAAUAUUGCAUAAAUAUGCUAAUGAGGAUGUGUCUUUGGGGUCAUGGUUUAUCGGUCUUGAGGUUGAACAUAUUGAUGACCGAAACUUCUGUUGUGGGACUCCUCCAGAUUGUAGAUGGAAGGCGGAGGCGGGCGAUGUGUGUGUGGCGUCAUUCGAAUGGAGCUGCAGUGGGAUUUGCAAGUCGGUAGAGAGAAUGAAGAUAGUACAUCAAGUGUGUAGCGAAGGAGAAGGAGCUGUUUGGAAUGCACUUCUCUAAAGAAAUUUUCAAUAUCUAAGUGGAGCCAUUACAAAAUCAUACGCUCACACCAACAGGUCACAGCUUUGAUUUACAGCUGAAAGAAAAAUAAAAUAAAAAGAGAUUGGAGGAGAUGACAAAUUUUGUAAAGAACCAUAGGUAUACAAAUUGCAUACUAAGGACCUUAAAUGCAGAAUCUUUUAACAUAUGAGCAAAAGACUCUUUAGUGUGGCUUUGUUAUGAGAGUUGUUGCUUAAGCUUUAAUUAGCAGUACAACAACUUUUGCUUUGUAAUUCUUCUACUUUUGAGUUAGCUAAUGUCAAUGUGCUCUCAAACAGAAGCAGGAUCGAUGUAAACCAUCGUGUGCCAAAUUAGCAAUUAACGAGUGA